AUGGAGCAAGGGCUGGUGACCUAUGGCUUGGGGGCAGGAAAGCCCAGGUUGCUGUACAUGGCGGUGGGCGCGACUGUCAAGGACCAGGCGCUCGCCUUCGCAGGGGCAGGCUUCGAGGUUGUCCACACCCCCGCCCUCGCCGGUGCCUUGCAGGCACUGGCCGCCCCGCGUUCCAGCCACAGCGAGCAGAGACCCACCUUCGACGUAGUAGUCACCAAGCUGGGCUCCAUGCCCGACGCCUCAGACCAGGGCCUGCCGCUGGUGCGGGCGGCGCGAGUAGCAGACAAGCGGAUCUUCGUGGCGGUGCUGAGCUGGACGGCCAGCGGGUCACCCCACACGCGGCUCAAGUGCUUCCAGGAGGGCGCCAACAUGGUGACUGCCUCCGAGCCCGACCUGCUCUCCGUGCUGGCCACCAUCGCCGCCCAGGGCACCACUGCCAUCAUGGGUGAUGGCGACGACGAGGUGUACGAGUGCCCGUCGUGUGGGCUGGACGGUCUCACGCACCAUCAGCUGUGGGUGCAUCACCCGCUGUACCAUGUCAACGAGCCCAACGUACCGACGGUGUGUCCUCUAUGCCCUUCGCCCAAGAAGGGCAAGAAGCCCAAGUACCCCUCGCUCCUCUGGCUUUCGUUUGAGUUCUGCAACUCUGGGUUCUGGCUGCCCGGAGGGCGUGUCGAUCCCGGCGAGGAUCUGACGACCGCGGCCAUCCGCGAGACCAAGGAGGAGGCGGGAAUCGACGUCGAGCUCACCGGGAUCCUGCGCUGGGAGUGGGCGCCCCGGCGGAGCUCCAGAGAUGCGCCGUACGUACGGAUGCGGGUCAUCUUCUACGGGCGCCCGCGCAACGAGGACCAGCUGCCCAAGUCCAUCCCCGACUACGAGUCCGUGGGCGCGGUGUGGGCCAGCGCCAACGACGUGGCUCCCGAGAGCGGCCUCCCACUGCGCGGCCGCGAGCCCCAGCAGUGGUUCGCCUACGUCGCGCAGGGCGGAACCAUUCACCCGCUCUCCCUUCUUACCGGCGAGGGCGCUCCCGCCGCAGCCUCAUCAUCGUCGAGUUCGAGCAGGCGGCCACAAUCGUGA